ACCGUUUAAAUAAGAAGGUUUCUGCGCUGUAACUCCACGAGCGUCAUUUUCGAAAGCAGCGAGAAAUGGGAAAUCAAUACUAGUAUUUUUUAGAAGCACCUAAUGCCCCACAUUAGAAGUUGAGGUUUGCUACCGCCGUCCUACGCCGUUUUGGCAUGACACCACAGUGAUAUGACGCGAUCGGUAUCGUGUUGACUACCGUCAAGUCGCUUAUUAGAGGGAUGGGAUAGCGACUAAUCGCCGUGACAGUCUAUAUCAAUCAGAUUGGAAGAGCUUAGCGAGGAAGAACCAAGAUGAUUGAUCCAUCUUCAUCAGAAGAAGACAGUGAUGAAGAUCAUGGUCCUCCACACUCUGGGCCCCAUCAUGGAACACACACCCAUCAUGGGGCCCAUCAUCCAGUUGGAAGGCAGACUGAAGGCUCACCAUAUCAUCAUGCACAUCCCGCCGAUACGGGAAGUGGUAGCUUAGAUGUUCCGAACAACUCUGCAGGACUGUCAAGGUCAUUGUCGCCAUCAAGUGCUGUUUCAGCAGAAACACUUAGUCAUAGUAUUGGUUCAUCCCGCGCAAACUCAUUACCAAGACCUACUAGUCCCUCACCAUCAGUAGCUUCUGAAAAGACCGAAGUCGAUUUACAAGAAAAACAAGAAAGAGAAGAGGAAGAAAGGAAAAGGAGAAUACAGCUCUACGUAUUUAUUUCAAGAUGCAUAGCAUAUCCGUUUAAUGCAAAACAACCUACGGAUAUGACGAGGCGACAGACGAAGAUCACAAAACACCAACUAGAAACAAUAGGCAACAGAUUUCAGAGCUUUUUAAAGGGUGAAACGCAAAUAAUGGCAGACGAAGCUUUUCAAAACGCAGUUCAAAGUUAUUAUGACGUAUUUCUAAAAUCUGAGCGCGUUAUCAAAAUGGUACAGUCUGGUGCCUGUUCGCAAUAUGAUUUUAGGGAGGUGUUCAGGAAUAACAUAGAAAAAAGGGUUAGGUCUCUGCCUGAAAUGGAAGGACUGAGUAAAGAGACAGUGUUCACCUCGUGGAUGGCCAAAUUUGACUGCAUCCUAAAAGGCUUAGGAGACGAAGAUUCAAAGAGGCCGUCCCGUAUGCAACAACAGUCUUUAAACUCUGAAUUAAUUUUAUCAAAAGAACAGCUCUAUGAUAUGUUUCAACAAAUCCUAGGAGUAAAGAAGUUCGAACACCAAUUAUUAUUUAAUGCCCUAAUGCUCGAUUCUGCCGAUGAGCAGGCAGCUGCAAUAAGAAGAGAGCUAGAUGGAAGAAUGCAGAAAGUUGCAGAAAUGGAAAAGAAUAGGAAAUUAAUGCCAAAAUUUGUAUUAAAAGAGAUGGAAUCUUUGUAUGUCGAAGAGUUGAAAUCCUCCAUAAACUUGUUAAUGGCGAAUUUAGAAUCGUUACCGGUUUCAAAGGGAUCUAUGGACUCUAAAUAUGGCUUGCAAAAGCUUAAACGCUAUAACCACAGGUUGCACAACCACAAUAAACCAUAUACUAUGAAGCAUCUUUUGAUCUCUUAUGUUACUUAUUUUAGAUCCCAAGGAUCUUUAGCAAAACUGGAAGGUGAUUCCGCAGACAGUGAUACACAACUUACGAAGCUAGAUGUAGUCCUAACUUUUCAAUUAGAGGUAGUAGUAAUGGAAGUAAAAGGUUUAAAGUCUCUAGCCCCUAAUAGAAUAGUUUACUGUACGAUGGAAGUUGAAGGGGGUGAGAAACUACAAACGGAUCAAGCAGAAGCAUCGAAACCGAUGUGGGAUACGCAAGGCGAUUUUUGCACAACACAUCCACUACCAGCUGUUAAAGUAAAAUUAUACACUGAAAAUCCAGGCAUGUUAGCCUUGGAAGAUAAGGAAUUAGGAAAAGUUGUUCUGAAACCAACACCUUUAUCCUCAAAAGCCCCAGAAUGGCACAAAAUGAAUGUAACGAAAAAUCUUCCAGAUCAAGACCUUAGAAUAAAAAUAGCGUGUCGCAUGGAUAAACCUUUAAAUAUGAAACAUUGCGGUUAUUUAUAUGCUUUAGGAAAAACGGUUUGGAAAAAAUGGAAAAAACGCUAUUACGUAUUAGUGCAGGUUUCACAGUACACAUUUGCAAUGUGUAGUUACAAGGAAAAGAAAUCUGAACCGUCGGAAAUGAUGCAGCUUGAUGGAUACACUGUAGACUACAUUGAAGCAUCGAGUGCAAACUUGAUGGUUGGGAUGGGUAAGCAUCUUGAAGGAGGGCGAUACUUUUUUAACGCGGUCAAAGAGGGAGAUAGCAUAUUAUACGCUAGUGAUGAUGAAAGUGAGUGCCACAUAUGGGUAAUGGCCAUGUAUCGCGCAACAGGACAAUCCCAUAAACCAACUCCUCCUCUAACUCUCCAAGAUAAGAACUCAACGAUAUCGAAAAUUCAAGGAGAUGCUGAUAGGGCUCGAAAACACGGAAUGGAAGACUUCAUUUCUGCAGAUCCUUGUCAGUUUGAUCACGCCUCAUUAUUUAAGUUGUUACAAAAUCUUACGCUCGAGUAUCGUUUAAAUGAUCCAUAUUGUUCUUUGGGCUGGUUCAGUCCAGGGCAAGUUUUUGUCUUGGACGAAUAUUGCGCGAGAUACGGCGUUAGAGGUUGCUAUAGACAUCUUUGUUACCUUUCGGAUCUUUUAGAUCGCGCGGAAAAGAAUAUUAUGAUCGACCCCACAUUAAUUCAUUACAGUUUCGCGUUUUGCGCCAGUCACGUUCAUGGCAAUAGUAACGAACUUAGGCCUGAUGGUGUUGGGAGUGUAACUCACGAAGAAAAGGAUAAGUUUCAGGACGUAAAAGAGAAACUUCGCGUCCUUCUAGAGCACCAGAUAACCAAUUUCAGGUAUUGUUUCCCAUUUGGGCGGCCUGAAGGGGCCUUGAAGGCUACUCUUUCGUUAUUAGAAAGGGUACUUAUGAAAGAUAUCGUCACACCUGUGCCUCCUGAGGAAGUUCGUGGAAUGAUUAAAAAAAGUUUAGAAACUGCCGCGCUAGUUAAUUAUUCCAGACUGUCCACUGAAGCUAAAGUAGAAGAAGAUUUAAGGGGAGAAACAAUUGUACCACCCAAUAAGAAACUGGACGAUUUAAUACAUCUUGCAGAACUUUGCGUUGACCUUCUGCAGCAAAAUGAGGAACAUUACGCGGAGCAGCUGCGUACGGCUGAACGGCGACCGUCACCCCAACCUACCGAUGCAAACGCAUGUGCGAAAACAAAUGUGGGUUCUCAGAGUCGUGACGCCAAGCAGCAAAGCUCUGUGUUGCGCUAUUGCAUGCCACCGCAUGCCACUUACACCCCACCAGACCCCACGGCAUUUGCAUGGUUCAGCGACUUGUUGGUGGAACACGCUGAAAUCUUCUGGUCAUUAUUCGCCGUGGAUAUGGACAGAGUAUUAGCAGAACAGCCACCUGAUACAUGGGACUCGUUUCCUUUGUUUCAAAUUUUGAAUGACUAUUUAAGAGCUGAUGAUAAUUUAAAAAACGGCCGGUUUCAUCAACAUCUGCGAGACACAUUUGCACCUUUAGUCGUUAGAUAUGUGGAUCUAAUGGAAUCAUCAAUUGCGCAGUCUAUUCACAAAGGAUUCGAAAAAGAACGUUGGGAGAUUAAAGGUAACGGUUGUGCGACAUCGGAGGAUUUAUUUUGGAAGUUGGAUGCGUUACAAUCGUUUAUAAGGGAUCUCCAUUGGCCAGAUGCCGAAUUUAGGCAGCAUUUGGAACAAAGACUCAAAUUAAUGGCUUGUGAUAUGAUAGAAUCUUGCAUACAAAGAACGGAAAAUGCCUUUCAACAGUGGCUGAAAAAAUCAGUUACAUUCAUAUCAACGGAUUACAUCAUACCUUCAGAAAUGUGUGCCAUGGUUAACGUUAUAUUGGAUGCCAAAAACCAAUCAUUCAAACUGUGCGCUGUUGAUGGUAUUGAUGUGCAUCAAUAUCACACAAAAAUAGAUGACCAAAUUGAUAAAACACUAGCAAGUAUGAAUCAAGGAAUGAUUGGUAAAUUAAUGUCCGUAUUAGAAGCAACUUUAUCAAAAUUAUCGCGAUACGAUGAAGGCAGCUUAAUUGGAUCAAUUCUAAGUUUUACGAAUGUUUCUGGUUCGGGCAAGGAUAUGGGCCAAGGCUAUGUUAAUUUUACACGAAACUGUAUGGACCAAAUCAGAGGGAAAGUUACGGAUGAGUUGUGGAUAUUAAAUUUUUUUGAACAAUGGUACACAAAUCAAAUUAAUAUGCUAUGUAAUUGGCUUUCUGAAAGGUUGGAUCAUUCGUUACAUCCAUACCAAUGUACGUGCCUUGCCGUUAUUGUCAAGAAAAUUUAUUCGGAUUUCGAACUACAAGGCGUAAUGGAAGACAAACUUAAUUCUAAAGCUUAUCAGACAAUUUCGCAAAGAAUGCAAACUGAGGAAGCCACUUGUGCUCUUACCAUUGGACAAGCGGAACGAGAGGGAGGUUCCGAGGGAUUAGAAGAAGAGAGUGAUAGAAGUAAAUCAAAAGGUAACAUAAUGGAGAGUUUAAGUGAAGAUGGAAACUACGUAGCAAAUAUUAGCAAUAUGGUGGCUGGUCGCGUUGGUAACAUUUUCGGUAAAGGAAUAGGUGGACUUAGUACAAAGUUCGGUGGCGGUUCAAGCAGUUGGUUUUGAAAUAAGAGUCGUUUACAUAAUGUAUCGCGUAUAUAUUUUAAAAGAGAAUAUAUAUCCAACGUAGGUGGUACAAAACUUAUGAGAGUUGCGUACUAUCUGAGACAUUUUUGAAACUGUUAGAAUAUGUUGAUAACCAUUUAAUAAUAAACUUUUAUUCAUAAAGAAUAUUUAAUAGUAUAAGAUAAUUUUAAAGCAAUUUAAAAAUAACGUUUUUUACGAUUUCUAAAUUUGUUAAUACCUAAUUUGUUCUUUAUGAUUAAUGUUUAUAAUUCUUUUCAUUGUUUAUAUGGACUAUUUAAUUUAUCCUCACACAUGUAAACCCCAGAGAUAUUCUUCGCACGGAAAUGGUAAGUGCCACAGCGAGAACGAAAAAUAUUUUGAAAAGCCUUCUGUAAUACACCACUCAUUAAUACUUAAUACUGUAAUUAUUAAUAAAUAGAAAUGUCAUUGCAUCGGCUGAAGGUAGUUGUGAUUAGAGAUUCCAAUAAUGAACAA